AUGAACACAACUCUUUUCAAAGAAGUAGACCAGGCAGGCUGGCAUCAAGGGCAUCAGUACACGCAGUCAGCUAGCGGCGAGAAUACCGCCAUCAUCCACUACGGCCGAACAAAGGAGGGCGUCAAUUCGCGGUUCUUAAACCCGCAGCCUUCGCCCAUUUAUUCCUUGACUAGCGAGACACGUGACUUAGGAGUAGCCGCAGAACUACAUUCCCCAGAAUCCUUCGAGCCGCGACCCAUUUCUUUCUCGGGACUCCAUCUCCCCAGCCCGGUACUUAAGCGGUGCCGCCGGUCCCCGCAGCUCCAAAGUACGGCAGCUUCUGUGCGGAUCGUGGCGGAGCCUGCCACCCCGCGCGGGGCCUCGUGGGAGUGGGCUCUCCUCGGCCCUUUGUUCUCCCUCCCGACGCAACCACCAACCAGGAGGAUGGCUAUGCCUUCUCAGGGCUCUGUCCUUCUUCCAAGACAGAGCAUAGUGGAAGAAGAGGAGGGAAUGAUCUCUGGGCUCCUAACAGCCAGGUCCCAGGUAUCAGUAACAUUCAAGGAUGUAGCUGUAGACUUCACUAAGGAAGAAUGGCGAGAACUGGAACCUUCUCAAAAAGACUUGUACAGGGAAGUGAUGUUGGAGAACUAUAAGAACCUCGUUUCCCUGGGAGUUCCAAUUUCCAAACCAGAUGUUAUCUACCAGUUGGAACAAGGAGAAGCACCAUGGAUGUCAGAAAGAAAAGUCCCAAGAGGCUUCUGUCUUGAUGGGGAGAAACUUGAACAAUUGGAAAUCAAGGCAUCAGCAUGGAAGCUGGGCAUUUUUAUAGAAGAAUCAUCCAAGGAAAGGUUCAUAUGGAAUAAUCCCUGGGGCCCCAUGUUGGGAGAAGCCAGGGAAUAUGAUACUAGGUCAGAAAGACAUUCCAGGCAAGGAAAACUGACUCACAGGACAAGUUCCAGUAAAGCAAGAAGCCGUGAAUAUAAAUUUGGGAAAAGCUUUGAUCAGGAGUCAGCCCUUUUUCCUCAACAGAGAGUUCCUAUAGGAAAUAGUCCCCCAAAGUGUGAUGACUAUGGAAAGAGUUCUAUUGAACAGUCACACCUAGUUAAAUGCAAUAGAAUCUCCUCAGCAAAGAAGCUUUCUAAGUACGAUGAAUGUGACACAUCCUUCAGCUAUAAUACAGACCUUAUUCAAAACCAUAGACUCCAUUCUGGAGAAAAAACUUUUGAGUGCAACAAAUGUGGGAAGACCUUCAGUCAAAAAACUGGCCUUACUGAACACCAGAGAAUUCAUACUGGAGAGAAACCCCAUAAAUGCAACGAAUGUGGGAAAGCCUUUAGACGUAGCACACAACUUAAUGUACAUCAACGAAUUCAUACUGGAGAGAAACCCCAUAAGUGCAAUGAAUGUGGAAAGGCCUUCAGACGAAGCACACAACUUACUGUACAUCAGAGAAUUCAUACUGGAGAGAAACCCCACUUGUGUAAUGAAUGUGGAAAGGCUUUCAGACAGAGCACACAGCUUACUUACCAUCAGAGAAUUCAUACUGGAGAAAAACCCCACAAAUGUAAUGAAUGUGGAAAAGCCUUUAUCCGGAACACACAACUUACUGUGCAUCAAAGAAUUCAUACUGGAGAGAAACCCCACAAAUGUGAGGAAUGUGGGAAAGCCUUUAUCCAGAGAAUACAACUUACUGUACAUCAGAGAAGUCAUACUGGAGAGAAACCUCAUAUGUGUGAUGAAUGUGGAAAGGCCUUCAGACGAAGUACACAGCUUACUGUACAUCAGAGAAUCCAUACUGGAGAGAAACCCCACAAAUGUAAUGAAUGUGGAAAGGCCUUUAUCCGGAACACUGAACUUACUGCACAUCAAAGAAUUCAUACUGGAGAACAUCCCCACAAAUGUAAUGAAUGUGGGAAGGCCUUCAUACGUAGGACACAGCUCACUGUACAUCAAAGAAUUCACACUGAUGAGAAACCCCACAUAUGUAAUGAAUGUGGGAAAGUCUUCAUCCAGAGCAUACAACUUACUGUACAUCAGAGAAUUCAUACUGGAGAGAAACCUCACGUGUGUAAUGAAUGUGGCAAAACCUUCAACCACCGAUCAUCCCUUAGCUCCCAUCUGAGAAUCCAUACUGGAGUGAAACCCUAUAAAUGUAAAGAAUGUGGUAAAGCCUUUAUGGAUAGUUCUUACCUUACCUAUCAUCAGAGAAUUCAUACUGGCGAGAAACCCUAUACUUGUAAUGAAUGUGGAAAAGCCUUUAAUCAUAGAUCAUCCCUUAAAAACCAUAGGAGAAUUCAUACUGGGGAGAAACCUUAUAAAUGCAAUGAAUGUGGUAAAUGCUUCAGUAACUGUUCAUCCCUUGCUUGCCAUCAAAAAAUCCAUACUGGAGAGAAACCUCACAAAUGCAAUGAAUGUGGGAAGGCCUUCAUUCAGAUCAUCCAUCUUACUGUACAUCAGAGAAUUCAUACAGGAGAAAAACCUUAUGAAUGUAAUGAAUGUGGGAAAGCCUUCAAACACAACUCAUCCCUUACUUCCCAUCUCAAAACUCAUACUCGAAAGGAACCACAUAAAUGGAGCCGACAACAUGGUCAUCAGAGAAAUCAUACAAGUAAGAAACCCCUAAAAAAUAACAAAAGCGGUAAAGCCUUCAACCACAACCCGUCCCUUAAUCAUCAGAAAAGUCACGUUGGAGAGAAGUCUUGCGAAGCUCAAGCACCUCAUCCCAACAGUACUUCAGUAAAUCCAUGAGCUCAUCAGUGUGGGUACUCUAUUGCAGGUUGCAGCCUAAAGACACCUCACCCUGUGCACCUCUUGUCCUGUUCAUCCUGACAUGUCUAACAAAAAUGUUCUGUCAAAAUUUGCCAGUUAGCAUAUGUAGUAGCAUUUUCUGUUCUCACCUUGAUCUUGAUGUAUCUGACAUCAUUGUACACCUUUCUAUAUAGAUGCUCCUUCCUAAACUUCAAAAGGGGCACACUUCCAAUUCUCCUCUAAUAUCUUUAGUUUCUCCUCUGCCUCAUCAAUUACUUCCUUAUCCGCCUCUAGACCGCUUAAGGAAGUUAUUUCCCAAAGUUCUGUUCUUGUUCCUCUUCUGUUUCUCCUUGUUUUGCCUUAGCAAUAUGAUUUAUUUCCAUGCCUACAACUGUAUAAACUGAAGGUGAUUCCUGGAUCAUUAUCUCUAGCUCUUAACUCUCCCAAGCUCCAGACCCACAUGUUCUCCUACCUACAGGAUGAUUCCAUUAAAGUCCCACCAUCAUUUCAAACCAUAGAUGUUCAAAGCUGCACUUAUUUUUUUGCCUGUCCCUAAACCUACUCUUUCUUUUGCCUCGUUUAUUUGUCAUUGGUGCCACCAUUCUCAAAAUGAUGCAGUAUUUGAAACCUUGGUUUAGUAUUUGGUUCUUCCCUCUUCCUCACCUCACAUACCCAGUUACUUAACUAAGUUCUAUUUCAGUUUAUUUCACUUACCAUUUGUUCUUUUAACAAAUAUUCAGUUAGCCUAUUCUGUAAGCGAGAACUUUGCAAGUCUAUGCUUGAAUACAGAGCUGUAAUGAUGUUUUACCUAUAAUCUUGGCAGUCUAGUAGGCGGUAGAACACUAUCUUUAUUAUAACUUAUGCAUUUUUUAUGGUGUUCCCACCCUUAUCAUCCUAAUACACCCCUUCCCUACCACCUACCUGGAACAAUACAACAACAUACGAAGAGGUCUUUCCUUCUCUAUUUUAUUGACCCUCUAAUUCAUCCUUUACAAGGUUGCCAUUUUCACACAUAGAUUAAUCAUGUCAUGCUUCUGAUCUAAAAUCUUCAAUGGUUCUCAAUAGCCUACAGAGAACAAUUGAAACUCUUGCACCUGCUACACAACAUACCUGUACUCCACAACUAGACAGUUAGACACAAUUGCUGUUCCAGCCUUAUAUCAUACUAUCCCAGUUCAAGUACUCUUCGCUCUAGUCAAACCAGACGAUUUGUUCCCUGAAUACAUAUUUUUGUUCAUGCUGUUCCCUGUGCUUAGAUUGUUUUUGAUCACUUGAAUUCUAUUCAUUCUUCAAAUUCAACUCAAAUGCUCCUUUUUGAAGUCUUCCAUGACCCUGUGUUCUCCAUACCCUGCUCCAUCCCCAGAUAUUACAUAGCACUUUGUGCCUAAUAGAAUGUGUAUUAUUUUAAAUUCUAUUUCUCUAGGCAUGUCAUCUCUGUACUGUGAGUUUCAUGAUGGCAAAGACUGUUGUAUGUAAAAGUUUUUCUCCCCAGGACCUGUCACAGUGUCCUUCACACAGAAGAUGAUUAUUGAAAUGAACUUAAAUGAGUUGAUGACGUGAAAACUUAUUUGAAGUGUUUAAUCUGAUGAAAUAUCAAGGAAAUCCUAUUGUAGAGAGACUUUAUAAAUGGUUCAUUAGCUGCUUAAGGCCCCUGCUCUUAGACUAAACUGAUUCUUGACUUUUUGUUUAUUAUACUCCAAAGUCCUUCUCCCUUGUACCCCACCUUCUGCCCUCCAAAGCUAAUUUUCCUUUAGUGCAACUUAAUAGGAAUAUUUUCUUGUUGAUGUAGCUAAAUGAAACCCCAAUUCUUUAACUCUCCCAAGAAUACUUAUUUGUUGGCUCAGAUAAAUUUAUGAUUAGUAGAAGUUCAGGUAAGAUGGGAUCUUGGGGAUCAUGUAAGCCAACACCCUUAUUUUAUAGAUUAAGAAACCGAGGCCCAGAGAGGGAUAAGUAAUUUGCCCAAGAUAGUAAGUGGCGGUGCAUGUAAAUGAAAUAAUGCAUGUGAAGUCCUGUAUAAAAGUUAAAAAGGUAUAAAGAUUUCAAAUAAUUCUUAGACUUGAGUAUGCUUCAUGUAAGUAAUCUUGGUAAGAGUUCUUUGUUUUCCCCCUGACUACUUACCAAAGUUAAAGCCAAAUCUAACCCUGGAAAGAUCAUUUUUAUGUAGCCCCACUCUGGGUUAGUUAGCUCCAUAAGACCAAGGAAUUUUUCCCUUUGGUAACAGCAAUAUUUUUUUUAACACGAUUAGCUGUAGAAGUAGCACCAGACUAAAAAUUCUGGAAGCAGUGAAAUUCAUCAUUUCACUUAUGCCUUUCUUCUCUGGAUAACCCCUUUCUUGUUUCUUACACCUGUCAACUUAUACCUACCUUGGAAUUAAAUAAUUUUGUGUUUAGGUGAUGUAUUAGUAGCCUCACUGGAGUACUUAUAGGUGUUACACAGGGAGCAAUAUACCAGAACGUGGCACUUGACAGUUCGUAAUGCAACUACAGGAUACACCUCCAUGGGGUUCUGGACAGCUUUUGGGGUAUGCUU